CCACUAUCUCUAUGCUUGUAGUUGACAAACAGAUGAUUUCACAUUCAUUCCUCGGACGUAUGUGGACUUAAAGUAUGCGUUUUAAGAUCGACCCGGGGCAAAGAUGCAAUGGAGGUCAAUAGUAGUUGGUCUGGUUGUAUUGAGACUCUCCCUCAGCUGUGUGCUGUGGCUAGCUUUCGGACUGGGACCUAACGUUAGCUGGGGGUUCAACUUCCCACUCGGUUUCAGUUUGCACAAAUUAGACUUGUUAUUCAGGGACGAAAAAGGGAUCGACCCGAAGGGUAACUCGUGGUCUCAACGAAUACACGGUCACAUACAUGAAAAUGCGGCAACCACCUGCGCAAAUGUUGGAGAGGCGUCAACCAAGAGAUCCUACCUGAGCUUCUUCGAUGGCAACAAGGACGAGUACGUCCGGAGAUACAGCUCCUUCCCAGACACACUGAAAGCAAAAAUGAAGGACAUGGCCAAAGACAUGUUUUAUUUCGGGUAUGACAAUUACAUGAAAUAUGCCUUUCCCGAGGACGAGCUGAAUCCCAUUGACUGUAAAGGGAGGGGACCAGACGUGCUAAACCCGUCAAACAUCAACAUAAAUGACGUCUUGGGGAACUACUCCCUUACACUCAUCGACACCUUAGACACCCUACUGGUGCUCGGCAAUGUGACAGAGUUCCACAAAGCUGUCAAGCUGGUUAUAGAUACUGUAUCUUUUGACAAGGACUCAACUGUGCAAGUUUUUGAGGCAAACAUCAGGAUCCUGGGCAGCCUUAUCUCAUCUCACAUCCUGCUGACGGACCCGAAACAUCCAUUUGGCAAGGUCGGCUUUGACGAUUACGAUAAUGAGCUGCUUCACAUGGCUCAUGACUUGGCUGUCCGCUUACUGCCGGCCUUUGAGAAUACCAGCACAGGCAUUCCUUACCCCCGGGUGAAUCUGAAGACUGGCGUUCCUCCUGAUAGCAUCAAUGAGACUUGUACUGCAGGAGCUGGGUCCCUGCUGGUGGAGUUUGGGAUUUUGAGCCGCUUGAUUGGAGAUUCCACAUUUGAGUGGGUAGCCAGACGAGCCGUCAGAGCUCUGUGGAACCUGAGGAGCAACGAAACCGGUCUGUUGGGGAAUGUAGUGAAUAUCCAAACAGGCCAGUGGGUUAGCAAGCAGAGUGGUCUGGGAGCCGGUAUGGAUUCCUUCUAUGAGUAUUUGCUGAAAUCGUACUUACUUUUUGGUGAAAAAGAGGACUACAGGAUGUUCCAAGCUGCUUAUGAGAGCAUUCACAACCACAUGAGGAGAGGGAGAGAGUCAUGUAAUGAAGGAGAGGGUGACCCACCUCUGUAUGUUAAUGUGAACAUGUUCAGCGGUGAAAUAAUGAACACCUGGAUUGACUCCCUUCAGGCCUUCUUUCCUGGGCUGCAGGUGCUGAAUGGUGAUGUAGAUAAUGCAAUUUGCCUGCACGCCUUCUACUAUGCCAUCUGGAAGCGCUUUGGGGCUUUGCCAGAGAGAUACAACUGGCAGCUGCAGGCUCCUGAUGUGCUCUUCUACCCCUUAAGACCAGAGCUGGUGGAGUCAACCUAUCUGCUGUACCAGGCGACCAAAAAUCCUUUCUAUUUACAUGUUGGAAUGGAUAUCCUUCAGAGCCUUGAGAAAAAUGCCAAAGUCAGAUGUGGGUAUGCCACUCUCCACCAUGUUGUGGACAAAUCCAAAGAGGAUCGCAUGGAGAGCUUCUUCCUCAGUGAGACAUGCAAAUACCUUUACCUGCUGUUCGAUGAGGACAACCCACUUCACAAAUCCGACAACAAGUACAUCUUCACUACAGAGGGCCAUGUUGUGCCUAUAGACAAGCGCUUCAGGGAGAAACAGUGGAACGACUUGUUUCCUUGUGAAGAGGGAGUGCUGGCAGAGCAAGAGCCAAACAAGCGGCCACCACCGAGCAACACCAGCAAUUGCAACAGGAUCCCAGAGGAGCGACGGUACACUCUGCCAUUAAAGAGUGUCUACAUGAGGCAGAUCGAUAACAUGGUGGGACUUUUCUGAGUAAGAGGAUGCAUGUGGUGACAUUGAGAUGAACAGGCCUUCUGUACACCCCCCUCAGGUGCAGAUGCGGUGAGGUUAAAAAGGAUCAUUGUUGGUCAAAAUCCUCGUCCCCUCUGUUCCGCUGCUCAGUAUCCAGACGGGGAACUGACACUAAAGGAAACCUGAGAAAGCAGAUUGAUCACUUGCUGUAUUACUGAAAAGACUGUGUGUGGGUACUUUUGCUUUGUUGGGUGAGCAUGAACUUAUGUGCUGGAAAAUGAGGAGUCAUGCUUCAUUUUUGCCUAGUGACGAAUUGAGAUUGGAAGGGAAGGGGAUUUUAGAAUUGCUGGUGUGUUUUUGUCCGUUUAGGUGUUGGUUCAGGUGUGAGUGUGUAUACAUUGUUUGUGUGUGUGUGUGUGUGUGUGUGUGUGUAUGUAUGCAUAAUUGAAAAUUACAGCUGAGCUGUGAAUCAUUGUUUUUUUUGGGAACAGUGCCAUCUAGCCACACAUAUGUAAAAUGUAUAGCCUAUAAAAACACUCACCUCUUAAACUAUCUCUCUAAACAUAAUGAUUAGUGCCUCUUUCCAGUUGAUUCACUUGAUUAGAUCAGUGCUUUUAAAGAAGGGCUGCACAUUAGCAUACUGACAGUGAGAGAGAGGCUCAGGACAACUCGCUGUUUUAAAGUGCCUUUUUUAUUUUUCUUGGUCUGUCUGGAUGUGUUGAAGUAUUUGUCAAGAAUUUGUUUGAGGCAACUGAACGAAUCGAUAUUUGCACAAUAGAUGUCAUUCCAUGUGUAUGUACAGUUUACGCUGAUUAUGACAUUAAGAUCCUUUUUGUUUUUAGACAUGACAAACAAGCCAUAAAAUGUAUUUUUUAAUGUUAUGAGCGAAAAUGUUCUGUCAGACGUAUUUAGUACACAGACUCUUGUUCAGAGUAGAUGGAAGUAGCCAUUUGUGUUUCUUUUUCUGUUUCUCUGUCACAUAUUUGCACAUCAUCAUUACUUAUUCAUUGUCAUGUGGGGAGAACUCAGGGUUGAAAGAAAAAAAGAAAUCAAUUAAUGCUUUCAUAAAAAAAUAAAACUUCAUUGAAAUGU